AUGAGCAAAGAAGAAUUUUUGAAGAUACAGAAAUCUGUUCUUAAAGUGAACAUACACUGCGAUGGAUGUAAACAUAAAGUGAAGAAAAUCUUGCAGAAAAUUGAUGGAGUGUUUACGACUGAGAUAGAUGCAGAACAGGGGAAAGUGACGGUUUCCGGGAAUGUGGACCCUAACGUUCUCAUCAAGAAGCUUUCGAAAUCAGGAAAACACGCAGAGUUAUGGAGUGUACCGAAACCAAACAACAACAACCAGAAUAAUUUUGUUAAUCAGUUGAAGAACAUGCAAAUUGAUAAUGGUAAAGGUGGUGGAAACAAGGACAACAACAAAGGUCAGAAUCAAAUUCAGAAUCAGAACCAGAAGGGUGGAAAUAGUAACCAACCUAAAGGUGUUCCACCAGGGUUAACUCCUCAGCAGUUACAACAGCUACAGCUUCAGCAACAGAUGCAGCAACUACAACAGAUGAAAGGGUUUCAAGAUCUGAAUAUGCCACAGUUUAAGGGGAUGAAGAUGCCGAAUCAGAAUCCGAAUCAGAAUGCUAAAGGUGUUAAGUUUGAUUUGCCUGAAGAUGAGGAUGAUUUUAGUGACGAUGAGUUGGAUGAUUUUGACGAUGAUGAUGAGUUUGAUGAUGAAGAAGAUUUUGAUGAUGAGUUUGAUGAUGAAAUGGAUGAGUUACCACCACCUAAUAAGAUGAAACCGCCUAUGCCUCACAUGAUGAUGAAUGGAAAUCAUCCACAGCUUAUGAAUGCUAUGAAGGCUGCCAAUUUUAAUGGCGGAGGUGGUGGUGGUGGUGGUGGUGGUGGAGGAGGAGGCAAUGGGAAGAAACCUGGAGGUGGUGGUGGUGGUGGUGGAGGACCUAUGCCUGUCCAAAUCCAUGGUAUGGGUGGUGGAAAUGGCAACGGAGGAAAGAAUGGCGGGGGCGGUGGUGGAGGAAACAAAAUUAACGGCGGUUUACCAGAGGCUAAAAAUGGUGGUGGUGGAGGUGGAGGAAACAAGAAUGGUAAUAAUCAGAAUACUGGGGGUAUAAAGGGUAUUUCCAUGCCAAUGGGUGGUGGGGGUGGUGGUAAUGUUCAAGCUAUGAACAAUGGAUUUCAAAAAAUGAUGGGUGGUGGUGGAGGCGGCGGCGGUGGUGGAGGUGGUCAUCCUCACCCUUAUAUGGGUGGUGGUGGAGGCGGCGGCGGCGGUGGUGGAGGUGGUCAUCCUCACCCUUCUAUGGGUGGUGGUGGAGGUGGCGGUGGUCAUCCUCACCCUUCUAUGAUGGGAGGUAAUGCCGGACAAAUGAGUAUGCCAAUGAAUCAAAUGGGUGGUAAUUUGCCUGCCGUUCAAGGUCUACCUGCAGGCGGCGGCUUUCAAGGCGGUGGUCCGGGAUCGGAAAUGAUGCCGGGAAAUCCUUACCAACAACAACAACAACAGCAACAUCAACAACAACAAUUAAUGCAAGCUGCUAUGAUGAACCAACAACGUGGUGCAAUGGCUGGAAACGAAAGGUUCCAGCAACCAAUGAUGUAUGCAAGGCCACCACCAGCUGUGAAUUACAUGUACCCUCCAUACCCUUAUCCUCCUCCAGAUCCUUACUCAAACUUUUUCAGUGAUGAGAAUACUUCAAGCUGCAAUAUCAUGUGA